CUUCAAUCCGUUGAGCAAUUCAAUUCAGCUCCAAUCAGUUCAACUUAUUUCUGUUCAAUUCAGCUCCAAUCAUUUUAAUUCGAAUUCAAUCAUUUCAGUUUAGCUUCAAUCACUUCGGUUCACUCCAUUAAAUAUGAAUAGCCCUACUAAAAAUAAAAACCUUUCUUUUCCAUCCCAAACUCACAUCACAGCAAAAAUGGCGUCACUACCAACAGAUAUAAUCUCCGAAAUUCUCUGUAGAUUACCAGUCAAAACCCUUCUACGCUUCCUCUGCGUUUCAAAAUCAUGGUAUUCUCUAAUCAAAACCCCCAAAUUCAUCAAACUUCAUCUCAAUCAAACCCUAAAAUCCAACACAAAUCGCCACCUUCUUCUCACCCAUUCCACCCUUUCUUCCGGCGAACUCCGCCGUCAAUUCCAUUUCUCCGAGAUCAAAGGCCACCCUUUUAUCGGCCGAUUCAACCCCAGAAAGGACACGUGUCCUCUUGGUGUACCUCCUGAUUCAUGCCCUCUUCAACCUGCUGGAUUACAGUUUCACGGGUCUUGCAAUGGCGUCGUUUGUAUUUCCGACCCUGAAAAGAUUGAUGUUGUUUUGUAUAAUCCCAAUACUAAAACUCAUCGUUUUCUCCCUAAGACGGAGAACCCAUACCCGGAUAAGUUCUCGAUAUUCGGGUUCGGGUAUGAUAGUGGGAGUGAUGAUUACAAGGUGUUGAGGAUGAUGCAAUGUGUUGGGCCUAAUGAUGAGAUUCUUAAUGAUGCUAGGGUUUAUAGUUUGAGGAAGAAUUCAUGGAGAAAGAUUGAUCAUAUGCCUUAUCAUGUAAUUUAUGAUGAUGGGGGUGUGCUCCUUGAUGGGGUUUUGCAUUAUGUUGCUAGUAAGGUGGCAUUCUCCCGGAAAACAAAAUCGAUUGCGAAAUUCGAUAUAAGAACUGAGACUUAUUCGGUUAUGGAUGGCCCUGAUUAUGAUAGGAGUUUGCAAAGUUGGACAAUGUACUUGGGGAAUGUUAAUGGGUGUUUGAGUUUAUCGGUUAAUUAUGAUUUUCACGGCCGUGCUGAUUUGUGGGUGAUGAAGGAGUAUGGGAAGAAAGAGUCUUGGAUGAAAGCUGUUUGUAUUGGGAAUCAUCAAGGUAGUUUGAUUGAUUUGAGAGCUAUUGGUUGUUCUGAUGAUGGGGAGAAAAUUUUGGUUGAGAUGGAUAACUAUGAGCUGUGUUGGUUUGAUAUGAGGCGACAAAAGUCGAUUCGAGCUGGAAUUGAGGGGCUGCCGAAGUAUAAUUAUAGAGCGGCUAUAUACGUCGAAAGCCUUGUAAUGCUUGAUGGUGAUAGGGUGCAGUCACAGGGGAGUAAGGUGGUUUCGAAGGGUGGAAAAAAAGGUGCAAUUGGACGGUGAUAAGAAGUCGAAAGGAGGGGGAGCGACGACAAGGAAGCAUAAGAAGGCUGAUCAGGAUGAUUUCCUUGCUAAGGGGUUUAAGCUGCGACUUUGACAAAAUUGAAGAUGCUAUGCAGGUGAACUAUGUAAUUUUUCACAUUUUGCUUUGGACGAUGGCUAUUCUUGACUUCUUGAGUUCAGAGUUAGCAACAUUGUUUCAAGUGAAGAGAAGAGAAGAGAAACCUCCUGGUUAUAGGUUUUGGUGGAUGACUUUUUGUGGGAGGUCGCAUCUGUUUAUAUCUGGUUGCGUCGGUGUUUCAUAUUUUGCUUUUGGUAGAUUGCCAUAGUUGGGAGUAAUUUUUUUUAUUUUGCUUGUUAAGCAUUUUUAGUUUUCUACAGCUGUUGGGAGUUGUUAUCACUGAAGUGUGUUUGUAUCGACGAUGAGCUGAAGUUUGUAGUUAUUCAAGUACCCUUGUUAUUCUCGUGGCUCA